AUGUCUUUUGCAGGUGUUUCUUCUGCCGAGAUCAUUUUGGACUCAGGUGCAGAUACUAGCGCACUGCCGUUGACUUACGCUGAUGUUGGUGGGUCAUGUCAACAUGAGACAGUUGGACAAGACUUCAUUGAUGCACAAGGUGGAAAACUUGACAUACGUGACACAAGACUUGCAACUGUUGACCUUGGCAAUGGAGUGAUUUUGCGUGAACGUUUCAUUAUUGCAAAUAUCAGUUGUCCUUUGCUUGCACUUGGUCACAUACUUCGAGCAGGCUGGGAAAUUCAGCACUUCAGCGAUGGAGUUUUUCUUGUGAAGAAUGGCAAGUUUGUCAACGUGAGCUUCAAACGCAACUCACUUUGUGUGAAAGGUUCCAUUCGAAUGAUUUCUGAGGACGAUUGUUUGAGUCCAACUUCAACAGCUCCAGGACCAAAGGCCGUGAGAGCAAUCCAUUUGCAGCCAGUGUUGAGACGUUUACUCCCUGGAUGGAACAAGGUGAAUCCACAGGUCUUUGCAUUGACCACUCGACGUGCAAGGUUGGGAGUUCUUGAAUUUGGAGAAUCCAUUUCAGAAUUGGAAGACUUGGAAGGUGAGAUUUACGACCCAGAAUCUGUUGUGGAAGUUCUCACACUUGCGCAUGCUCACAACGUUGCUUCAGAACAGCUUGGUUUUACCUUGGUAGCUGGAGAACAGGCACCCUACUUUGUGGUUGGAAAAGCUGGUGAUGAUGACACAGGUGAACAGGAACAAGCUCCACAACCUGUGCAAGAGGCCCCAGCUGAAUUGCCUGAUGCAGAGCCGUUGGAUGAAGAGCACAUUGUGCCAUUUACAGAUGAGAGUACAGUGACAGUUGAUGGAGUAGUGCUCAGUUGUGACAACACUUUGAAAGCUCUUCGAGCUGGAUGUGAAGUUUUGGGUUUGUCGAAGCGCGGGUCCAAGAAGGACUGUAUGCGUCGCAUGCUGGAGUUUGUGAAGGCUCGUGGGCUCAUGGAAGCCCAUGCAGUGGAGGCUACUCUCAAAAAGGAUUCAGAACGUGUUGCAAUUCCUCAGAAGAAACCUGUUGAGCCCACGGAUGGUGAACAAGAUCCCAUCUUCAAUGAUGAAGGUUUGGAAGAGGCCAUAGCAGCAGCAAAGCGUGCUUCAAAGGCCCAGUCUAUGAAUGUGGAUGUUGAGAGAUCUGGUCUCCAAGUCUUGCAAGAGGAUAAUUUGCCUCACGAUGCCAAGAGCUUGAGCACACGCUUUGCGCGCACCUGGAAAGAAAAGGACAAGCAAGGCAACGCUAUCUGGUUACGUCGUAGUCGUUUGGUUGCAAGAGAGCACACAUGGUUGCAGCCUGACAGAGAAGCUCUCUUCUCACCGGCUACUUCGAACAUUGCCAGCCGCAUUUUGCCCAUUUGCUUUUUGGCCUUGCGAGAGCAUCAAGACACGAUGAUGUUGGCCAUUGACGUCAAAGACGCCUUCUUGACAGUGAAGCAGGAACAGCCAACACGCGUACGUUGCACAGAUGCCUCGGGGAAAAGUGUUUCAUACAGUUUGGGUCGUGUCCUUCCAGGUCAGCGUGAUGGGAACCUCUUGUGGCAUCGAGACUUGGUCAAGUUUGUUGGUGAAAGCUGCCUUGGGAUGGAAGAAUUUGAAGCCUAUCCAUCCAUCCUACGUUCUAAACUUGGUGAUUGCUUGCUGAUGAUUCACGUGGAUGACCUCUUGGUGGUUGGGUCAUGCAAAGUAGUUACAGAACAGCUGAUCCCACACAUGCAGUCAAGGUAUGACGUUUCUAUCGAGAUUAUGUCCAAUGUUGGUGAAGAGUUGACUUUUCUCAAGCGCACCCACCAGCUUUUGGAGUCUGGACGCAUGGUGGUGAAGAUCCAUGGGAAACAUUUGGAUCAACUUUGCAAGUUGUUGCAACUCUCGAAGCGCUUGCAGAACAAGAAGUCACCUGGACAUUCCGAGAUUGAAAUCCCUGACAAGACAGAGGAGAUCCCAACGCUCAUCUGUCCUUCGGACUGCUUUGCUUCGAAUCAACUCAUGGGCACCAACGCAAACCACAUUGUGAUCGGCUUCAUCUUGUGUUAA